AUGGUGAAAGUUACAAAGCUUGUAACUUCACGUCCAAUUGUGGUCUUCUGCGUCCUGGGAUUUCUGGUCACUAUUUUGGGGUGCAUAUCGACCUCGAAUUGGCUAACAACAACGGAGAGCCUAAUAAACGACGUCGCUUCAUUCACUGGAGAUCUCCGGUCAAGUCUAGUUUCCGAGUUUGAAAACAUCGGAAAAUUUUCAUAUCCCAAGACAAACUUAUCUACAAUUGGUUUAGCGACAGUCAUAGAUUCUUCUUAUCUCACCAACAACGAUACUGGUUUCACAAACAUUCAAACACAGAUCGCACCAUUGUUGUUUGAAGCAUAUUCAACGAUCCCUCAAGUCUCGCAAGUUUCGUACAUUAGUAGGGACGGUUUCUUGUUUUCUUACAUUAGAGCAGAUAUAGACACAAGUGUCGCUGUUUAUGCCAAUUCUUCGUCGAGUUCAAGUGGUGGAGACUACACUUGGUACACUCAAACCGUUGAUCAGAUAACCGGUCGUCUCAACGGGAACGCAACCAAAUCUCAGCCGUUAGAUGUAACCCACACAGAUUGGUUCCAAGCAGCACAGAGAAAUAAUUACACUACCGCCUUUCUCGGAACGAGUUUGGGAGGAGGAGACAACGAGACUCUGAUUCAGAGCGCGGUUAGCUUGUUCAGCAAGAAAGGUGUUGUUUUGCUAGGGUUUUCGGUGAAGUCUUUGACCGAUGUUUUGAGCCGUCUGAGUCUACACGGCGAAGAGUUUUACAUGUGGACAAAGGACGGGACGGUGCUUGUUCGUCAAGGUUCACUGAAUGCUUCUCUCUUCAUCUCCAAUGGCUCGAUUUGCUUCGGUGGUAGAGAAUCUAAAUCCGUCAGGUCUCAAUGCAUACCCGAAAAUUGCAGUUCCAGUGGCUACGAGGUGGAGAUCAAAAGAUCAAAAUUCCAAGCUUUUUGCUCUCAUCUUGAAGUUUCUGGCGUUCCUCUGAGGUACACAGUCAUGUUUCCAAACGAUGGAGGAGCCACCCGCAUCAAGCACCAAGCGAAAAAGGCCUUGUAUCAAUUUUUUGUGGUGACGAUAUUUGUUGCCUUUGGUUGGCCUGUGUGGUUUGUGUGGUUUAUGGUGCGAGCAACAAGGAGAGAGAUGCAUAUGCGUGCAACGCUGAUAAACCAAAUGGAAGCAACACAACAGGCUGAGAGGAAGAGCAUGAACAAGAGUCAAGCGUUUGCAAGAGCUAGCCACGAUAUUAGAGGUUCUCUUGCAGGGAUCAAGGGUCUGAUUGAUCUAUGUCGUGAUAACGUUCAUCCUGGAUCCGACCUAGACACCAAUCUCAAGCAAAUGAAUGUAUGCGCCAAGGAUUUGCUUGCUCUGCUCAACUCUGUUUUGGACAUGAGCAAAAUCGAAAGCGGGAAGAUGCAGUUGGACGAAGAAGAGUUCAACUUGGCCAAACUUGUUGAAGACGUCAUUGAUUUUUACCAUCCCGUUGCGAUGAAGAAAGGCGUUGACGUGGUUUUGGAUCCGCACGAUGGCUCCAUUUUCAAAUUCUCGAAUGUGCGAGGAGAUAGUGGCAAACUGAAGCAGAUUUUGAACAAUCUUGUCAGCAAUGCUGUCAAGUUCACAGUCGACGGGCACAUUUCGAUCAGAGCUUGGGCUCAAAGGCCGGGUUCCAAAAGCUCUGUGGUCCUGGCAUCGGACCCUCAAGGAGUUGUGUCCAAGUUUUUUAAGUGUAUGUUCUGCAAGAGUACAGACCAGACAGAAAUAUCGAAUUCCAUAAGAAACAAUGCCAACACGAUGGAGUUUGUGUUUGAAGUGGAUGAUACAGGUAAAGGGAUACCUAUGGAGAUGCGUAAAUCGGUGUUUGAAAACUAUGUUCAGGUAAGAGAAACAGCUCAAGGACAACAAGGAACUGGACUAGGGCUUGGGAUUGUGCAGUCUUUGGUACGUUUAAUGGGAGGGGAGAUAAGAAUCACUGACAAGGCAAUGGGAGAGAAAGGAACAUGUUUCCAAUUCAAUGUUUUAUUGACAACAUUAGAGUCUCCAGUGAGUGACAUGAAAGUGAGACAGGACAUCGAAGCAGGAGGUGAUCACAUAUCCACGCCCAACCUCGGGCUGACUGUAAACACUUCACUAGGAGGAGGUAGCAUGAAUAUACGCAACCUGAGUCCUAGAUUCAACAACUGUCUCACCUCAAGUCCAAAGCAAGAAUGUUCUAGAGUGGUUCUCCUUUUAAAAAAUGAAGAACGCAGAAGAGUUACUGAGAAACACAUCAAGAAUCUGGGGAUUAAAGUUACAGUAGUGGAGAAAUGGGAGCAUUUGAGCUAUGCAUUGGAGAGAAUUUUUGGAUUUUCACCUCAGAGCUCCAUGGGAAGAGCAGAGUGUAGUUUGUCAUGUCCGAGCGCAAGGGAGUUACCUUUGAUUGGCAUGGAUGGUAUUGAUUCAAGAAGCCAACUUCCUAAAAGGCGAAGCAACAGUUUCAAUGCAGUUGUCCUUUUGGUGAUUGAUACAAAAACUGGACCAUUUUUGGAGCUGUACAAUGUUGUCAAGCAAUUUCGUAGAGGCUUGCACCAUGGAAUAACCUGUAAAGUUGUUUGGCUUAACGAAUCGAGCACCCGUGUAAGUGAGAGAGGGGACAUUAGUUGUUCCGGACCCUUGCACGGAUCGCGUCUUACGGAAGUCUUGAAGAUGUUGCCUGAAUUUGGAGGAACUGGGCUAAAAGAAACAUCCACUGAGCUGCAAAGGGAAUCACUGCUGAGACAUUCUUUUGUUGCAGAUACAUCACCAAAACAUAAACUCCAAGAAGAGGGACCAAGCUCAGGGUUUAACAAAGAAUUAGGUAAGACAAUAAUGGCACCAACAGCUUCAGAGAGUGAGACUUGGUUCAAGUCAGUGCGUACCGGUAGAAAUCCUAUUGGGAACCCAGAGGAAGAGCAAGGGACUUCCAUGCCAAGUAACGAUGAAUUCUUGAGAGGAAAAAGAGUUCUGGUGGUCGAUGAUUGCAGGAUAACAAUCAAAGUUGCUACAGGAAGGCUGACGAAGAUGGGAGUCUCUGAGGUCAAACCAUGCUACAGUGGAAAAGAAGCUGUGAGAUUAGUCACUGAAUGGCUUACACAACGAGAACAACAAGGAUCAGUAAAUAGGCUUCCGUUUGACUACAUAUUCAUGGACUGUCAAAUGCCAGAGAUGGAUGGAUAUGAAGCAACUAGAGAGAUCAGGAAAGUGGAGAAAAGUUCUGGAGCGCAUAUACCAAUUAUAGCUGUAUCUGGUCAUGAUCCUGGUUCAAGGGAAGCAAGAGAAGCCAUACAAGCUGGAAUGGACGGCUUUUUAGAGAAAGAAAUGAAACAGGACCAACUUGCAAACGUCAUCAGAGAAGUUGAAAGCAAGAUGAAUGCACAAGCAACGCUAUAGUAAUUAGCAUUUUUGCUAGUACCAUUAGUGUUUUCUUUUCUCUUUCCCAUGCAUAUACCAGUUUUCUUCUUCUUCUUCUUCUAGUUUAUUUUGAAAUAUAAGGUUCCGUUGCACCAAAAAAAUUUGAGAAUAUACAUUUACCACUUGAGAUCGAGACAAAUGAAAAGCAAGCUCCAUGGCUGAGCAAAGUCAAUAAACUCAAAAGACUUGAAAAAAAAAUUGAUUAUCAGAUCCAAAUGUUCAAUCAAAAACAAGGGGUACCUUUGAUGAGAAAAAUA